AACCCCGCGCGGCCAUGGCGCGGUGGGUGCUGCCAGGCGCGGCGCUGGGCGCGGGGCUGGGGUGGGCGCUGGGAGCAUGGCAGCGGCCGCAGGAGGCGGAGGGGCUGCUGGCGCGGCUGCCCGUGGUGCCCGCGGUGGCGGCGGCGGCGGCGGCUCCUCCCGCGCUGGGCAGCCCCGGCCGCGCCGAGCUGACCAAGUACGGGCUGCCCGGGUUGGCGCAGGUGCGGAGCCGCGAGUCCUACGUACUGUGCUACGACCCGCGAGCCCGCAGCGCGCUCUGGGUCAUCGAGCAGCUCAGCCCGCACGGCCUGAGCGGAGCCUCCGAGCGCGCCCGCUGCGACUUCCAAGAGGAUGAGUCGGUGCACGAGUAUCACCGAGCCACCAACGGUGACUACCGAGGCAGCGGCUUCGACCGAGGGCACCUGGCGGCCGCCGCCAACCACAAGUGGAGCCAGAAAGCCAUGCAGGACACCUUCUACCUCAGCAACGUCGCCCCGCAGAAUCCUCAUUUGAACCAGAAUGCCUGGAAUAACCUGGAGAAGUACUGCAGAAGCUUGGCGAGGAGCAACAAGAAUGUCUAUGUCUGCACAGGACCUCUUUUUCUGCCCAGGAUGGAGGCCGAUGGGAAGAUGUACGUCAAGUACCAGGUGAUUGGGAAGAACAAUGUGGCCGUCCCCACCCAUUUCUUCAAGGUGCUCAUCUUGGAAAAGGAGAGUGGGGAGAUUGAGUUGCGCUCAUACGUGAUGCCCAACAGCCCUGUGGAUGAGAAAAUCCCCCUGGAACGGUUCCUGGUUCCCAUUGAGAGCAUCGAGCGAGCCUCAGGACUCCUCUUUGUCCCAAACAUCUUGAAGAGAACAAGUAACUUGAAAGCCAUCACAGCUGGAAGCAAGAGUUGAACUCCAACUAGACGGAUACAGGUACCCCACGGGAAGGGACUUGCAGCAGUUGUCCACAGAAUAAUAGUUUCUUGUGUGAUUUUAGAUAUGGGAAAUAAGAAUCAAACCCAUGCUUUUCUCUGCCCUUCCCCUCGCUUUGUUACAAGUGAAACACGCACACGGGGCAGGUCUCAAGGGCAGGUCCUGCAGGAGCAAGACCCUGUAGCAGCUCCCUAGAAUUUGGGUAGUAGGGAUUGUACCCCUAUAAUUGCUCCCUUUAAGCUGUGUUUGGCUUACUAAGACACAAAGGGAAGUCACUGAAUUGCUGCUAUUUAGCAGGGAAGGAUGGGUGCAAGGGGAGGAGAGGUUCCUGUCUUUCUGUGGCCAAAGGAUUUUUGGAUUGUUUUGUCUCAGAAGAUGGUUUUAGCAGUAAAGUUU